CGAUUCUGCUCUUCUUUUCCUUUCUUCCCGCUGCAGCCACUCGAAAGAAAAAGAAAGAGAACCCAGCCAUGCCUUUGAGAAACCGGUGAGAUAAGCUUGGUUUUCUCCUUCCUUUCUUGCUCUAGAACACACCUAGAACCCAGAAAUCUUUCCCCCCUGCUGGAAAAUCCGGAUCUGCCCUGCUUUGCUCUGUCCUUCCGCCGGCUGCUCCUGCUUUGUGGGGGUGAUUUGCUCCGGUUUUCGGUAAGAACAGCCCCUAAUUUCCUUUGUUCUUGCUUGAAUUGCCCUGGGUUUACUUUAAUUGCUCUUGUUUCUCCAAUUUUUGGGUAAACCCGUGAGCUUUCCCUGCAGCUUGCCGCCGGCCUCUUCCCCAACUGCAGCUCCGGUUUUAGCUGGAGAAUUCUGGUUCCUGAUCGUUCUGUUAGUUAGUGCGUGAAUUGAGUGCUCGGUUUUAUGCGAGUGAGGUAAGUAAAUUUAUGGUAAUGCCCGUACUGUUUUUAAAAGCAUGUUUUGGUUUGUUUUUGAAGUGGUGGCGAGACUAAACCCGUUUUACACGAGCAUGACUUAUUUGAAGUGAAAUGUUUAUGUUUUUCAUUAAAUUGAGCAUGCCUACUUGAAAGUGAUUGUGAACUGUCCUAAUGAUCUGAAAGUGAUUGUGAAUUGUGAUUUUCCUGUUAACUUCUACUUGUUUCGUCUCCGAUGUGGUCAUGUUAUUCGUGACCCUGCUAGUGGGGGAGGUUAUAAACGCUAGCACAUGUCAACAUGUAGUGAUAGAGCCGGUUCGUUCAACCCAGCUAGUGGGGGUUAUACACCAGCAAAUCGUGGCCCUGCUAGUGGGGAUUAUACACUGGCCAUGACCUAUAGCCAUGACCUAUAGAGGAGACGUCUAUUUCGUUCCUGUACUGUAUUUGAUUUGCGUGAUUGUACUUGUUGGCAUGCUUUAAGUUUGAUAAGGGGCAAUCCAUAUUUUACUUACUGAGUUUAUCUCAUAGUUUUUCCUUGUCCACCAUUUCAGGAAAUGAAACCGAGGACGGGGAAACCACGAGAAGUGACGAGUUAGAAGGCUAGCCAUAUUGUAAUUGGAUAUAGAUUUUCAAAAUAAAUCAUGAUCUUGUAAGCUAGAGUGUAUUUGGAGAUUUAUGAUCAGAGAAAUCUUAUAAUUUGAUCUUCAG